UGAAAGUAUUGCAGUGGACAAGUUGGUUUGCGCAAACAAAGGGUUCAAGUUGUUGUCAGUUCUUGCUGUGUGAAUUGCACGGAACAUUUUGAUGGCUAUGUUUGAAGAUUACUGUAUAAUAACUCAGGAGGACCUAGAGGAUAUUAAAGAUUCCAUAUCCACUCAGGAUCUUCCAUCAGCAAUAACAACAAUCAAAGAAUACCUCAAACAGCAAGAUCUUGUAGAACUUAACAUUGGUGUGACGGGAGAGUCCGGUUCUGGAAAGUCCACGUUUGUCAAUGCAUUCAGGGGUUUAGAAGAUGAAGAUGAAGGCUCUGCUGAAACUGGCCCAGUAGAAACCACUAUGGAGCCUGAAGUUUACCUUCACCCUAAAUACAAAAAUGUGAAGGUGUGGGAUCUUCCUGGAAUUGGAACACCAAACUUCAGAGCCGACGAGUAUCUUAAACUGGUUCAGUUUGAACGCUAUGAUUUUUUCAUCAUCAUUGCUUCGGAUCGGUUCAGAGAAUGCCACACUCAGCUGGCCAAAGAGAUCAUGAGAAUGGGGAAAAGGUUUUAUUUUGUUCGUUCCAAAAUGGACUUGUGCAUUACUGCUGAAAAGAGGAAGAAGAACUUUGACCAGAAAAAGACAUCUGAUACCAUCCGAGAGGAUUGUGAAAAUGGUCUGAGAAAGAUCGGUAUAGAGGAUCCGGUCGUAUUCCUGAUCUCUGGUUGGGAGCUCGGCAAGUAUGAUUUAAAUCAACUGCAGGAGAGGAUGGAGAAAGAGCUUCCACAGCAUAAGAGACGUGUGCUGAUGUUGGCUUUGCCAAAUAUUACACUGGAGAUUAAUGAGAAAAAGAAGAAAGCUCUGGAGGAAAACAUUGGAAAAGUUGCUUUCCUGUCUGCUUGUAUAGCUGUUAUUCCUCUUCCUGGUCUUUCGAUCACUGCAGAUAUAGCCAUCAUAGCAGACGAGCUGAGAAAGUACUACAGUGUGUUUGGUCUGGAUGAUCCAUCCCUACAGAAGCUUUGUGAAAGAUCUGGGAAAACCGUAGAAGAAUUGAAGAGUCUGAUGAAGUCUCCUCUGCAUCAAGGGAUAAAUACAAGUUCAAUAUUAACCUUGCUGGGUGCUGCGUCUUUUCUAAUAUCAGAAGAUACUGUUGAGUUACUUGUGAGCCUUAUUCCCAUCAUUGGCAGUUUGGUGGCAGGAGGAUUGUCUUAUCUGACUGUCUCAAGAAUGCUGAAGAGAGCUCUGAAUGACAUCGCUGAUGAUGCUAGGAAUGUUCUGAUCGCUUCACUGGAGACUGAAGUGUAAAAGACAAGAAUGUUCAACAGCGUUUAGAUCUAAUUGCUAUUGAGGUAUUUAUAGACAAA